AUGCGCGACAAUGUGGAGUGGAUGUACUGCAAGAGUAGCGAGCAGAUCACAAUCCGUGCGUGCCUUAUCCUCACCCUGGCCACCAGCGCCCUCGCUGGCUACACCGGCCUCGGCUAUGGUUUGGGCUAUGGCCUCGGCUAUGGUCUUGGCUAUGGCUACGGAGCUUCCUACCUGGCCGCUCCAGCCGUCGCCACCUACCACGCCCCAGCCGUCGCCACCGUCGCUCACGCCACUCCAGUCAUCGCUGCUGCUCCAGCUGUCGCCACCACCACUUACCACGCCCCAGCUGUCGCCACUGUUGCCCAUGCCGCCCCAGUGGUCGCCGCUGCUCCAGCUGUCGCUUACGCCGCUGCCCCAGCCGUAACCAAGGUUGCCACCACCUACCAUGCUCCAGUCGCCACCUACGCUGCUGCCCCAGUCGCCACCUAUGCUGCUGCCCCUGUCGCCACCUACGCUGCUGCCCCAGUGGCCACUUACCACGCCGCUCCAGUCGUCGCCGCCCCAGUUGCCACCGCUGUUGCCACUCCAGCCGUCGCAACCUACCACGCCGCCCCGGCUGUGACCACCACUACCGUGCACCAUGCCCCAGCCGUUGCCACUGUUGCCCACGCUGUCCCAGCUGUUGCCACCGUCGCUCACGCCGUCCCAGCUGUUGCCACCGUCGCUCACGCCACCCCAGUCUACGGAUACGGCGUCAGCACUCUCGGCUAUGGCGCCGGCCACUACGGUUUCGGCUAUGGUCUUGGUGCCUACGGUCUGAACUACGGCUACGGUCUUGGCACUCCCGUCAGCUACUACGCCACCCUCCUCCGCAAGAGGAAGUGUAAGCGUUACAUCUUGGUGGCAGAGGAGUAUAAAAAGCCUCUCGAUCCACAUGCACUUCAGCAGUUCAAUUUCACCUCCACAGGCCAGGAACUUGCAGCAACUAUGGUCGCCUUCCGUGCCAGCCUUAUCCUGGCCCUAGUCGCCAGUGCCUUCAGCCACGCUGUCGUCGCACCCGGCGUCGGCCUGGGCCAGGGUAUCGCCCUGGGAGCCUCCUACGUUGCUGCUCCGGCCGUGACUCGCGUGGACACCUACCACUCUGCCCCGGCUGUGGCCGCCGUCGCUCCGGUGGUUGCUUCCGCCCCAGCUGUCACCCGCGUUGACACCUACCAUGCUGCUCCAGCUGUCGCCACUGUCGCUGCGGCCCCAGCCGCCACCGUCACCAAGGUGGACACCUACCAAACUGCUCCAGCUGUCGCUAAGGUAGCCACUGUCCAGGCCGCCCCAGCUGUGACUAAGGUUGACACCGUCCAGACUAGCCAAGCUGUAUCCUACGCUGCUGCCCCAGCCGUGACUAAGGUUGACACCAUCCAGUCUGCCCCAGCUGUCACCUACGCUGCUGCCCCAGCUGUGACAAAGGUUGACACCAUCCAGGCUGCCCCAGCUGUGACCUACGCGGCCGCUCCAGCCGUGGCUUCCUACGCUGCUGUCCCAACUCUGACCAAGUUCGCUACCGUCCAGGCUGCUACCCCAGUUGUGGCUGCCGCCCCAGCCGUGACCCGCGUUGACACUUACCAUGCCGCCCCAGCCGUGGCCCGCGUUGACACUUACCAUGCCGCCCCAGCCGUGGCCCGCGUUGACACGUACCAAGCCGCCCCAGCCGUUGCUACUGUGGCUCAUGCCGCUCCAGUCGUUGCUGCCGCCCCGGCUGUGACCCGUGUUGACACUUACCACGCUGCUCCAGCUGUCGCCACCGUUGCCCACGCCACUCCAGUCGUGGCUGCUGCCCCAGCCGUCGCUACUGUUGCCCACGCUGUUCCUGUGGUUGCUGCUGCUCCAGCACUGACCAAGGUCACCACCGUCUCCGAGACCGUCCACGCUGUUCCAGCCGUCGCCACCGUCCACGCUGUUCCGGCCGUCGCCACCGUCCAUGCUGCCCCCCUCGUGGCCGCUACUCCAGUCUACGGAUAUGGCGUUGGAAACCUCGGCUAUGGCCUCGGUCACUUUGGCUAUGGCUACGGUCUUGGCGCCUAUGGUCUGAACUACGGCUAUGGCCUUGGCACUCCAUUCAACUACGCCAACCUUCUCCUCCGUAAGAAGAAGUAAACAUCACACAAUAUUUAUGACUGCUGUGCAGAUUCCAACACGCCUCAAGUCGGUAUUUUUAAUAAAGUAACGUUUGAGGAAA